CUGCCAUUAUCUUGCUGUUGUCAUUAAUUUUGCUACGGAAGAAAACAAAAUAUCAGAUCUUCUUUUGUCUUCGAGACGCACCUUUGCCAACCAAGCUGCACAAGUUUCAAAGCUUGUAACUCAUUCCACCAUACGUCAAGAUGCCGACUCCACUAGAUCGGGCCCUGAAAUCCCAGAAUCUUUUCCUUGGCUUCGCGGGCAUGGUGACUGCGGUGGCAGCCUGGUCAAUCUGGGGAAGCGACGUGUUCCCCGCAGAGGCUGAUCCCAAAGGGAAUCCCGAGACCUGGACUGAAGAUGAGAUGAGAAGAUGGCUGCGCGCGAGAGGUCUCCUGCCUAGUGACAACGCGACUCGCGAAGAACUACUAGAAAGAGUCAAGGCAAAUCUACGCAUACCGCGCAAGACUGAGUCUUCAGCGUCGCAGUCCUGAUGGUGCCGAAGGCGUGGCUUCAGAUCUCUCACUGAACGAUGAGUUGUGAUCGUUUUUACUUGAUUCCCCCGUUUAUUGUGCUACGACCUAUGCAGUGUCCUUGAAUG